AUGGCCAACACGGGCUAUACCUCGCCUUUCCCAACCUCCCAUGACACCAUUGGGCAAUCUACACUAGUGACUCCCCUGUUCAUGCCUUCUUCCCCUCCGCAAAACCUGUCCAGCCCUCCGGACUCCCCGCUCCCCGCCGAAACUCCCACGACCGAGCGCGUCGUAGCGAAAGAGAACGACCAUUCAGACAACGAACUACAAAAUGUUUCCCGCCCCGUGACUCCCGAAAGUCCAACUGGCUCAGAUCUCGAUGCGCGACUCGCCGAUUACACCUUGGAUUUUAGCAACUUCCCCAGUGGCCACUUUGCUCUGGAGGGAAACGAGGAAACCUUGCCCCCUUUCCAUAAAGACAUUGAAGAUAAACUAUCUGAUGUUGGGGGCCCGGAAGACUUCACCGCAAACUUGGAGAAAUAUUUAAUGGGCGAUCUGGACGGAGAGAUCCACGACGAUGAGGACGCUGAAGUACAGUACGGAUCAUUGCGACGGUCAUUCCGGAAAUCCAAACAACCUGCGAUUGAAGAAGAGGCGGAUUCGGCUGAAUACAGUGAAUUCGAGCCACCAGUGGACAUGUCGACCCCCUCGCAUUUGUUGCACAGAACAAGCGCACUUCCCAAAGACUCGACGCAUCUUGAGGAUAUCGAAGAGUACCCUGACGACGACGAAUUCCAGCGCCAAGACCAGCCCUCUCCUUCCGCCCGCAAGUCGUCCAUUUCGUCAAGUAAUGGUGCGAAUGAUCGCGAGGAUUUGCGCCGCCGAAUUGAACAGUUGGAACAGACCGUGAGAGAACGAGACAAUCAAUUGCAACAGAAUCGCACCCGUGUACUUGAGGCUGUUUCAGCCGGCGAGCAGAUCCGUCACUUACAGACGGAGUUGCAGCACAAGGCUGCUCUUCUGGACGAGGUCCAUGCCAAGGGAAGCGACGAGGCGAUGCUCCGUGAGCAGAUCCGGUCACUGCAAAAGCAGAACGAGGAACGUGAAAAAAUGUUGCACCAGUCUAAUAUGGGCGGAGCAGAUCUCAAUUCUCUUCUGGAACAAAUUCGAGAGAUGCAACAACAGCUUCAAAAUCGUGAUUCGCAGAGUUCCCUGGAUACUGAGCGGUUGGAGACAAUUGCCCACCUGCGUCAACAGCUUACCAUGUCCCAAGAGCAAUCGAAAGCGCGAGAUGCUACUCUCGAUGAGACAUUCGCCAAACUCAAGGAAGUCACUCGGGACAGAGAUGCCCAGUUGCAGGAGAAGAACUUGGAGAUUGAUCAACUCCAGGCUCAGAUUGAUGAUUUCGGGUUAGAAAAUGAGAAGCUCGAGACGCAGCUGGAGCGCGCCCACAAUGACUACCAAGUCCUGGAGGAACGCUUUAUCACUUUGGAAGACAGAAAUCGGCCACUAGAAGAGAAGAACACCUCGCUAGAGGCGGAUCUUACUCGCGUCCAGUCUCAGAUCGAGGCCCAAGAAAGUGCCCUGAAAGCUGCAGCUGCAGAUUUGCCUAUCACUGGGCACAGCACGUACAGCGAGAUUCUCGACUUAAUCAAGGAUCUGGGGCAUGGAGAUGUGGACCCCGUGGAUGGUGCAUUCUCAUCAUUGUCACAGCCAAAGGACAAGCUUACCGAGGUCCAAACUGUCCAGGAAUCACAACAAUCACAACAAGAGGGAAUUGUAAAACUCCAGCAGGAGGUUUCAAGACUCCAACAGGAACUGCAGGAGACACACGCUGCGCAAAAAGCCGCAGAUGCCGAAACAGACCGUCUCCGUGCUCAAUCUACCGAGACCCAGUCUCUCAUCAAGACCAUUGAGACAGAAAACCGCCGACUCUCCAACAGGGUAGAGGAGCUUACAACGGCUCUCAACAAAUCCCAACACGAUCUGACCCAGACAAAGGAAGGUCACGCCGAAGCCCUAGAGACAAUUACCCGUCUACAAGAAGACAAGCUAGCCGAACCACCCAGCCCGCCCCCAGUCCCAGAAACAAAACAAGUCGACACAGCCGCUAUGGAAGCAAACUACCAAAGCCAACUGCGCAGCCUCCAAACAGCGCACUCAACCGCAGUAUCAACGCUCCGUGCCUCACACGCCGAAUCAAUGCGCAAAAUCCGCAACCUCCUCACAUCAGCCGAACAACGCGAAGCAGACCUCCGCACCGAGCUAGAAAGCCUCCGCUCAACAACCACAAACCAAGAAACACACCUCCGCAAAGCCUUUAAAACAGAACUCAAGCGUCUAGAAGCCGUCAUCGCCGCCAAGGACGAAACGUCCGCUGCAGUUGACCAGCGUAUCGCACUAUCAGUCGACAAGCGCGAACGCGAAUGGGAACGGCGUGUCGACCUCCUCCUCAAGGAACGGGAUCGCAUGGCCAAGGCUCUUAUGAUGAGCUGGGGUGAAAAGGAACUAGGUCGCGGACCCGGACCUCUUGCAGAGGGGAAGGAGAACCGCCGGAAAGAUGGCGAGGGCAAGAGUGGACAGGCUUACCGAUACAAGUAUGUCCAGAAGCACAAGUCUAGAAGUGGAGAGGCUAAGGCUUAG